CCCAACUUUCUUGUCCAAUAAUUUGCCUCGUUUCGGCGCCGACCAUGUUAAUAUAAAAAGGAAUCAACGCUUUCAUGUCGUAGAAGGAAAGAGCCAACUACAUCACGCCACGACCGGCGCAGUUGCCACGUGUCUAGCCAAUAUGACAUGAAAAGCUUCUGGAAUUGCAAAGUUGCAAGAGGCUCUGAAUUUGACUUCCUUCUUCAAAUCUCUCUCAUUGUCUCUGAGAUAUCGGAACCUCCGAAUCCCAUAUCCAUGGAAUCCAAACAUCAGAAUGUGGAGCUGAUUGACGAGGCGAUCAAGAGGCUGUUGGAGGAGAGGAGAAACAACAGAGGAGCCUCCGGAGAAGAUAAAGACGACCACCUCCUCCUCUCCCAAUUGCUCUCUCAGUUGGAAUCAGCGAAAGGCAAUUCCGAGGAGAUUCAGAAAGCCGAAGCUUCAAACGAACCGGGAGAGGUAACAGCAACCCCUGAAGGUGGUGAAUUGGAGGCGAAAGAUAAGAAGGGUGGCGGUGGUGAAGAAUUUGACAAAGAAGAGAUAGUGAAAGAAUUGAAAAAUUUGAAGAGACAGAACACCAUCACUCACUUGCUUCUUUCUGUGAUGGUAGUGCUGACUAUAGCUUGGCAAGCCUCAGAGGUGACCCUGCUCUUGAAAAUGAAACAUGGACUGAGCCACCCAUUUAGCUGCAUUAGGGGAUUGUUUUCGGGGGGUUCGGAUCAAAAUGGACAGGAUCAGAAGCGAAAAAGCGAUGCACUACCUUCUCUCAAAAUGCCUGAUCUUCCCUCUGUGGAAUUACCAGAUAUCGGCUUAAACGGCGAAAAACAUUGAGGUCCUGGCAACAUUUUAAACUGGAGUUAAUGAAGACUCGAAGAGAGUUGAUUGAUCUGCUUUUGCCUGCUUUGAUUUGCUAUAUGAAUAGGAGUGGAACUAGCUAGCUAGCUAGCAUCUCAUCUAUGUUUUUUUCAGUUGAUGUUUGUGAAAAGUUGUUGCCUACUUUUGCACAGAGGAAGCUCAAGGAGCAUUCGUUUGUUAA